AUGCCCGAUUCGACAACGCCUAGCAAGCGCCAGCGCCUCGAGCCCAUCGACCCCUCAGCGGGUGCUGUCAGCGACGACGCCUUCGUCCAGGACCGCGACGCGAUCGAGGGAAGCGGAGAUGACGAAGAUGACGAAGACAAACCGAAGGACAAGAAGGCCGGUCGCAGGAAGAUCAAAAUCGAGUUCAUUCAGGACAAGAGCAGGCGUCACAUCACGUUCUCGAAGCGAAAAGCAGGAAUCAUGAAGAAGGCGCGUCGCAUUGCGUCUCCUUGCGCAUUUGCGUACGAGCUUUCGACACUCACAGGCACACAAGUACUUCUCCUUGUGGUGUCUGAGACCGGACUCGUGUACACGUUCACCACCGCGAAGCUGCAGCCUCUUGUCACUCAGCCGGAAGGCAAGAACCUCAUUCAGGCAUGCCUGAACGCUCCC